AUGAUUAUGGAAAAGAACUAUGGAUUCCUGAUGACAAAACUUAAUAUUUCAAACACUGAAAGAGAAUCAAAAUGUCCUAAACCACUACCAACAGAGUGUGAAGAAAUAACUGUUAGAAGAGGAAAUGGGAUUUACACAAUAUUUUCUAACUGGUCCAGUGUCAGUGGUUUUGAAGUUUAUUGUGAUUUUGAAACGGACAACGGAAAUUGGACGGUAUUUCAGAGAAGAAUAAACGGUACGACAGACUUUUUCAGAAGAUGGGAGGAAUAUGAAAAUGGAUUUGGGAAUUUGGAGGCGGAAUUUUGGCUAGGUAAUCAGAAAAUUAAUGAAUUAACGUCGAAAGGACUACAUGAAUUAAGGGUAGAUCUUACCGAUUUUGAAGGAAACACAGGAUAUGCAAAAUAUUCGAAAUUCUCUGUUGGUAAUGUUUCUACCAAAUACAAACUUGAAGUUGGUGGAUAUAGUGGGGAUCUCGGAGAUAAAUUGCAGUAUAAUAAUAGAAUGCGAUUUACUACAAAGGACAGGGAUAACGAUGCUGAUCCAGGUAACUGUGCAAAUCAAAGAAAUGGAGCCUGGUGGUACAAGUAUUGUACCUAUGUCAAUCUUAACGGACGGUAUGUUCAAGGUGGACAGAUUGACAUGAAAGGUAUUACAUGGAAGGCUUUAAAGUGGAAGUCAUACUAUUCAAUGAAAUCAUCUGUAAUGAUGUUGAGAAAAGUGCAUUUACCUGGAUAAAGAUCAAAAUUCUUUAUUUUGACAAUUUUUGUAUUUCAAUUCUUUGAUAAUGUUUAAUUCGUUCAUUUCAUGCGUUUACCUUGCUCAAUUUAGUUUUGUUUAUAUAAAUACAAUGUAGCAU